GCUUAAUGUGCCUCAAGUCCAGCCAACCAGGAACAAAUCGGACCAGCCACAACCCCUCCUCAUCUCGCGUGCUAUUUCGAGACCACGCACUUGUUAUCGCUACCGCAGUCAACAUGCAUUAGUCGACAUGGGAGGAGCACCGGCGCUGGCUCCGUCACUCUUAGCCUCCGGCUACAUGACUAGCAUUUCAAGCUAUCAAGCGAAACACCCCUGGCGGCCCGUUGUCUAGAAACCUGCAGGGGUGGUUCACGCUCAGCCCCAUCGUCACUGAACAGCCACACAACCUUGAGGAGGAUGAGGGGGUGUCCGGGUGCCAGAAAUCGCUGAAUCAUGGAUUCAACGAAUAUAUAAGCUCGUCAUUGUGUUGUGUCGUGGGUCGGUAUCUCAACUCUCACCAGCACUAACAGCAACACCAAACAGCAAUUCCCCACUAGAGAUGUCUCGGUAUCCAGCAAAGCCAGAUCAUCUUUCCGACAUCCUGGAUCUUCAUCCCGAUACAGAAAGACGGUGUGCGGGGUAUGCGCCCUCACAAGGUCGACGCUGUCACAACCCCAUAAAUGCCGCAAACCGAACUUCGGCCGUGCAUCUACUCGAUGAAGGCAGUCGAAGAAUGAAAAGGGGCGAAGACCUCUGCGACCUCCUGAUGGAUCUGGCGUCGCUUGUUCUCUGUCGUCAUGUUCAUCAGAAAGGUCAGCGGAGUCAGGUACCUGAGCUUGUCAAGAAAUGGCAGGGUCGAAUCCUGGGUGUCACUGAGAAUCUAGAUAACGUGGAAACUAUUUAUGGUGGACGGGAGGUGAAGCUUGUGGGCAUUCGCAGAGAGACAAAUGAAUUUGAGACAUCGAGGAGAGUGGAAAGAUUUCCAUUGUCUUCAAGACUUCAGCCUAGCUGGCAUGAGAACCUGCCCCUCCAAGUUUAUGUGGAGGCUUCAAGAUCCAGCAAGCUCGAGGUCGAUCGGCGGGCUCGGCCGUCUGGCUCAAAUGACGGUAAUACUCGUAGGGCAAGGGUGUCAUCGGCCGGAGUGUCGGGCGCUAUCACCACAACCUCUUCACAGCAUGCAGCGUCAAUCACUGAACAGCUUGGGUCAUUCACUGCUCCUGCACCGACCCUUCGUGCUUCUACUCCAUCCUCACCUUCAAGAUCUUCCCCAUCAAGGCCUUCAAGGCCAUCACCUCUGACUCUUUCAACUUCGAAUUUUUCACCUACUAAUUCCGCCCCGAUGGUCAAUCCUCGUGCUACUAUCGCUCCAGCUUCUAGCUCUCGCGCUCCAGUGACUACAUCGAUGUCAACUUCUACCUCGACUUCUACGUCCACUUCAACUUCCAUCACCUCGCCUACAAGCGCCAGAUCAAGUCCAAGUCGUGCCACCACCUCUAUCGCUGCGGCUUCUUCUCGCGUGCCAGUUCCUUCACGCUCGGACACCACCUCCACUACCACUACUGUCACCAUCACAGGCGUUACCUUGAGCAGGACUAUCAUACCAUCGAACUCCAGCUCCGCAAGUACUGCUGCCCCCACAGCUUCCCCCUCGUCUCCAAGAGUUCCUGUGAACAAUGUUGAGCCAGAGGCCUCAGCUUCAGGUCCUACAAGUGCUGCUGCGCGUCCCAGAGCAGCCUCGAUUACUGCUUCUUCAACCUCAGUUCCUACUGCUUUAGCCUCUACAACGACCGCUAGGAUGACUUCUGAAGCCUCUUCUACGUCGGACCCUACAUAUGCCCCCACAGCUACUCCUACAGACACAAUCCAAACAGCAAACCCAACCGCAAACGCCACUCCCGAACCAACCACAACCACAUCUCAACCUGAAACCUCAUCUUCUGCCGUCGCCUUACAACCUCCCCACUCUUCCUCCUCAACAUUCUCAUCAUCACCAACCGUCUUAUCCCCUCCUCCAUUCGUUCCAAACACCACCUACACUCCGACCCGCCAACCCAUCACAGGUGACUGCUCCAUCUGCUACGAGCCCCUCCUUCCCGACUCUCCUUUCACGACCCCCCGUCAGGCAGCUCGAGACCUCUCUAUUGUCUACUGCAAGCAGCAGUGUGGCACGAACUUCCACUUCAGCUGCCUGUUCACGUGGAAGAAGUCGGCGUCACAGAUGAAUCGGGAGCCGACUUGUCCUAUGUGUCGCGCCGCCUGGCCCUGAUCUUCUCCCACCAAACAGUACUUGGGUAAAUGCAAUAUUUGGUUCUGUUUAUGAAUUUGACUGGGUUUCACGAUUACGGAGUAUGGUCUAGGGUUUUUACCUGGUAUUUGGUCUUGAAUGAAGGGUUUAUUAGCCACUAAAUGUUAUUAUGGUUAUUAUCACGAGAAUGAACUAAUGCCUG